AUGAGUUUAGAUUUGGACCGGAAUUAUUGGGAUGUGUCACAGAGAGGCUACAAGGAAGACAAUAAGACGUCUCGUUUCUGCGAGACACACCCUUACAUAGUAAACUCGCACGGAAUAUGGGAAGUGACUAGUUACGACCCAACAGGGAUGAGCUUCUGGGAGUAUCCCCUCCCGAAUCUUGAGAUCCUAAUGUUUUCUACCUUUCUUAUUUGGCGGCUCCUCGACUUCUCAUGCAACAAAAUCGGUCUUCGAUUUCCAAGAUUGGCCUACAUGAUGAUCGCAGGGGUAAUCUUAGGUCAAACUUGUCACUUAAGCAACAAGUCUUGGCUCCAUAACAUUUUUUUCCCUGAUGAUAAACGACCUAAAGUCGCCGAGACCCUAGGGGCUUUCGGGUUCCUUUUAUAUUGGUUCCUCAAAGGUGUGACCAUGGAUGCCGGGAUGCCAUUUAGGAUGGGGAAAAAAUCUGCUGUGCUCGGGUUAACCACAAUGAUUGUACCGGUGAUUUGUGGCAGCUUCGUCUUUAGAUGGAGAGAACGAAGAGGGAUCGCAAGCUUGUUAAGAACGGAAUACAGGUUGAUCUUAUUCUUGCAAAGCAUAUCCGCAUUCACGAGCGUCGACACACUCCUAAAAGACCUCAAGAUCAAACACUCAGAGUUUGGGAGGAUAGCGCUCUCUGGGGCUAUGGUGACGGACAUGUUGGCUUUUGUUCUAACAUUUUUUAAUGCAAUCUACUAUGAAGGAUACCGUGGCGUCAUGCAAACCAUAGGUUUCUGCACCUUUGUGGCGCUUAUGAUUUAUGUUGUGAGGCCGUCUAUGUAUUGGGUGAUCAAGCAGACUCCAGAAGGGAGGCCGGUCAAGGAUGUCUACAUAUACUGGAUUUUGGCGCUUGCUUUUGCCUCGUUCCAUUAUUUUAUCAAGCUUCUUCAUCUUUUUGGACCCGCGGGAUCGUUUGUUUUAGGCUUGACUGUUCCGAAUGGCGAUCCUCUAGGUACUACUUUGGUUCAAAAGUUUGAGAGCUUUAAUCUUGGAGCUAUCUUGCCACUCUUUGGAUCAUUAACCACGAUGCAAUUAGAUCUCUUAUGGUUGCUCAAAGAGUGUAGAAGUUUCGUACGUAUGAAGGGUCAAGUUUAUGAGGUCAUUUCCUUUAUUCUUUUGGUGAAUUCCACAAAAUUCAUUGCUUCUACCAUAGCUGCGUAUUCUUUCAAAAUGCCCUUAAGAGACUCUUUUGCUUUAGCCUUUGUUUUCAAUAAUAAGGGUAUCUUCGAGCUCGCCUAUUACGCGUUCGCAGUUGAAAUAAAGACAUCACUGGAUAUUUUCACUUCCGUCUCCAUGUCUCAACACAUGCAUGAGGACAUUUGUUGGCUAGCCCUAUCCAGAAGCCUAUCGCUAAUUGUGCUUCCUUUCCAUCGAACCUGGUCUUCUGAUCGAUCCACUAUUAUUUCCAACGAUGAUAAGCUGAGAAUUCUCAACAUUAACGUCCUGAAACGAGCCCCAUGCUCUGUUGGAAUCUUCAUCUAUCGCAAGCCCAUCGUCGAAUCUCAUCUGGCUAAGUACCAGAGCAAGAUAUGUUUGAUUUUUAACGGUGGAAACGACGAUAUAGAAGCUUUGGCGAUAGCAAAUCGAAUGAGACUGACAGAAAAGGGAACAAGCCUAACGAUCAUAAGAUUCAUUCCAAAAUUUGCUGAAUCGGAUAACCAGGAGUGGGAGCAGCACCAAAUGGUUAAUCUAAAGGAGAACGUGAGUAACAUUAUUGGGUCCAACGUUAAAAAAAAUGAUGACAAGGUGAAAUACAUCGAUAAGGCGGUUUCUGAUGGAUCUGAGACUUCAAAAACCUUACGAGCAAUGGCAAAUGAUUAUGACUUGUUUAUCGUUGGAAGAAGCAGUGGAAUAGGUACUGAGCCUACUAGCGGAAUUAGUGAAUGGACAGAGUUCGAUGAAUUGGGACCCAUUGGAGAUUUAUUAGCAUCACAUGAAUAUCCUUCGAGAGCAUCAGUGUUGGUUGUACAAAAACAAGAGUACAUUCAUCAUACAAAAAGCCAAAAAAGGCUAUCUAAGAAGUAA